UAUCGAAGCGAAUGAACGUUACAUACCGYACAACAAUAUCUCUGCAACAAAUACAUAGCAGUACCAUUCUCCCUGCACUGUCCUCUUUGACUAUCCCGGUAAUAAUCCCGGUAGUAAAGAAAGGUACUAAGAGAAGAGCGCAAAGACAGAUAUAGAAAAGGACACAAGGUCAUCGACACGGUAUUACCCAGGCCAAUUCGAGAAGGACCACAACGAGGAAGAGAGUGUCUCUUAGCCCCCACAAUCCACAUCCAAUAGCCAGAAUUGAUCUGGAAUUCUGCAUCGUAUUAUUUUGUUGCCAGGAUUAUUUAAUAAUGACAAUGAAUAGUUUGGGAAGGGUUGUUAUCUGCCAUAUCCAGCUUUUGACCGUAUUUCAAAUACUGAUUUGUUCUUUCGCCGAAAGCGGCACACCUCUUACAAACAAUGCUGGAGCGAAGGCUCCUGACGAAGUUCCCUUGAAUCGAAUCGGGGAGCUCGAGCCCUCUAUUGGAUUUUAUCAGUCAAUCGAAAUGGUGGAAAACUCACUUUUGUUUGCGAAGCAAAGCAAAUACCAAGCAAUUGAGGUUCACCAAUCGAAAUUCUUUGGCAAAAUGUUGGUACUAGACGGGGUGAUUCAACUGACGGAGCGGGACGCCGAUUCAUACAACGAGAUGAUGGCUCACGUACCCAUGUUUCAACACCCAAACCCGAAACGCGUUUUAGUUGUUGGAGGUGGCGAUGGCUAUGUACUCAAGGAGGUCUUGAAGCACCCAAGCGUAGAACACGUCGAUCACGUCGAUCUCGACGAAGAGGUUAUUCGAACUUGUGAAAGUUAUUUUCCACAAUGGGGGGAUGCUUGGAAGGAUCCGCGGGCCCAUCUCCACAUAUGCGAUGGGGCCAAGUACAUCAGGGACAAACCGGACAAUUAUUACGACGUGAUCAUUCAAGAUUCGUCCGAUCCUUGGAUUGCUGGUGAAGACGGAGUUAUGGUCCCGCUGCCUUCUGGUGUUUUAUACGAAGAAGAGCACAUCUGCGAAAUGCACCGUGUUCUGAAACCUAACGGGAUUCUCAAUAUUCAGGUGAGAAACGAACUCGUUGCUCGUUUCAUUUCAWAAACAGGCAAUUKGUAAUUAUUUUUUAUUUCAUUGACUGCACUAAUCUUUCGCCCAUCAUUUUCUCUUGUGAAAAAGGCGGAAUCCUUUAACGUCCCUACGUCUCUAAGUGGGAUUGUCACGUGGAGAAAAACAAUGGAAGCAUGUGGCUUUAAGAGAUCCAGGUACGGAAAUAUUCAUACUACCUCCUAUCCAACGGGUCAAAUCGGAUUGCUUUUAGGAGAAAAGAAUCCGUCUWCCGCGUCAAAGUCGGCGUCGGUGUUGAGGCGAUACAAAGAAAUCGUUAAUAACGGGGCAAAAACUACUUACUACCAUCCUGCACUCCAACGAGGGUGCUUUGAUGUUCCUUUGUGGGUCCAUGAAACUAUUUACGGAACAGAGGACACAUCGGAUCUUCUUUGCAAAAAUGACGAAGACAAGGAUGUGGCUGACACAUCAACGGCGAAAUAGUUGCAGUAGUUGGUGAGCGAGAAUUCAGAUAAGCCCGACGAUCUUUCCUGCAAUGUUCGAGAAUGUUUUCUAUCGUGCGGCCUUCACUCACCACCAAAGAUUCAUUAUUACUACUAUUUUGCAGUUGAUUGCCUUUCGAUGUAAAUUUCUUAUCUGCUCCGUCUCCUUACGUUUCUAAUGGAACAAAAUAUAACUAUUGUUCUAGU